UUCACCAGCGAGUCUUUCAUUUCCAUCUUCUCUACCAGAGGGUCUGUUGUCUCACGGAAGUCAUGAUAAUGCUGAAGCUCUGGACGCUGCUUCUCGCCUACGCGCUGAUCAUUUGUCAGAUGUACGUCUCACAGGCAGCUCCAUCCAGAACCAGUCAGGAGUCCAUGUCGGACGGAGUCUCGCUAUCGAGCGAUGAUGCUCAGAGGUUACUCAAAGCCAUCAAGGAGUUCAUGCAGAUCCCCUCAGAGGAGCAAACAGCUGAUGGGAACAGCUUGGAUAGACCCGUGUCCAAGCGAUGCACCGGCUUAAGCACUUGCGUCCUGGGCAAACUCUCCCAGGACAUUCACAAGCUGCAAACCUACCCUCGCACCGACGUGGGAGCUGGGACGCCCGGCAAGAAGAGAAGUCUGUCCGAGCGAUACGAAAGCUACAGCAACUCGUACAACUGAAAGCCACGGCUGUAGCCCACCUGUGUCUGUCUUUGUCUGCCUGAGUUAUCGUUUGCUCGUUCAUCCAGCUCUAUCCACACACAAGAUGCAUGUUGAUCUUAUUUGUUCUACAAACUUCAAAAUAAUAAAAAAAGAGAGAUCUUGCUUUUAUUAUCCACUGGCAGACAUUUGAUUUAAAACUUGAAAUCAGCAAAAAAAAACUUUGCCAAUUCUGUAAAAUACAAUAAAAAACUGUGGUAAUUAUGCUUCCUCCUAUAAUAAAUAAAACUUUACUUGGAA